AUGAGUGACGUAGAAACUGAAAAUAUUGAAAUUAUUGAGGAAUUAAAUGUGGAUGAACUUCCUGACAAGAUUAAGGAACAACCUCAAGACCCUGUGAAAAAGAAAGAUUGUAAAAUAAGCACCACUGAUAGAAGAUAUUCUCUAUGGAAUUUUUGGAUCUGUGGACUCUUUUUGAAAAUAUUACUAUUUCCUGAUUACUUCAGUACAGAUUUCGAUGUUCAUAGAAACUGGUUAGCAAUUACUCAUAAUCUUCCAAUAAACGAAUGGUAUUUUGAACAUACAAGUCAAUGGACUCUCGAUUAUCCACCUUUUUUUGCAUAUUUUGAAUGGGUUUUAUCACAAUUUGUUCCUUCAAUAGUUAAGAAGGAUGGUUGUUUAGACAUAGUAGAAGUGGGUCAAUUUGGUUGGCCUACAGUGAUCUUUCAAAGAGGUACCGUAAUUGUUAGUGAAAUUUUACUUUAUGCAGUAUUGCAAUACUACAUCAAUACUACUUCCAAGGAUAGAAGAACUCAAAGUUUUAUCGUUGCAACAAGUAUUGUUGUUUCCCCAGGAUUUCUAAUAAUUGACCAUAUUCAUUUUCAAUACAAUGGAUUCCUUUUCGCAAUUUUCAUUGCAUCUAUUGUUACAGCUAGAAACAAAAACUAUUUAUGGUGUGCAACUUUCUACAGUAUUGCAUUAUGUUUUAAACAUAUUUUCCUUUACAUGGCACCAUGUUAUUUUAUAUUUUUAUUAAGAGCUUACGUUUUAAAUUUUGAAAAAUUUAAAUUUAGAAGCUAUAAAGAUUUAUUAUUCUUAGUGAAAUGGUCUCAUCUUUUCAAAUUAGGUAGUAUUGUAAUUGGUACAUUUGCUUUAUGUUUUAGUCCAUUCAUUUUCCAAAUGCCACAAGUAUUAUCCAGACUAUUCCCAUUUUCAAGAGGAUUAACUCAUGCUUAUUGGGCUCCAAAUUUUUGGGCACUAUAUUCCUUUGCUGAUAAAAUCCUUUCUAUUGUUAUACUAAGAGUACCAUACAUAUACACUGUAGUGACAAGAUUUAUAUCGUCACCGUUAAUACCUUCAUCGGUAAAUGAAAUUAGAGAGAGAGUACAGGAAGCUAGUAACAACGGUUCCAAAGGUUUAGUACAAGAUGUUGUAUUUACAGUACUGCCUCAGAUUCCUCCAAAGGUUACUUUUUUUUUAACCGUAUUCUAUCAAAUCUUAGCAGUCAUCCCAGUAUUAUUUGAUCCUUCAUUCAAGAGAUUUAUUGGAUCUCUAACUCUAUGUGGCCUCGCAUCUUAUCUAUUUGGAUGGCAUGUGCAUGAAAAGGCUAUUCUAUUGGUUAUUGUUCCAUUCUCUUUCUUAGUUAUUUUGGAUAGAAGAUUACUUGUCCCUUUCAUGCUAGUAUCAGCAGCUGGUUAUGUCUCAUUGUUUCCAUUAUUAUACGAAAAUGCAGAUUUUGCAUUGAAAUGUUUAUACACCUUCGUGUGGUGUGUGGUCUAUUUCUUUGCCCUUAGAAAAACUACAAAGCUUUCUUCCAGUGUUGAAAGAAGAGUAUUCUUCAUGGAUAGAUUAGCCAUUAUCUAUAUUUGUUUGUUAUUACCGAUGGUAUUAGGGAUCCAAUUUUUCGAUGUUAUGAAAUGGAAAUAUCCAUUGUUUGAAAAAUUCGAAUUUUUAGGACUUAUGACAUAUAGUGUGUAUUGUUCUCUAGGAAUAAUGAGUUCAUGGAUUGGUAUAUCAUGGUUAUAUAAUUUUGAUGAACCACUAUGGGAAUCGUAA